GUUGCCACAACCAGAACGAACGCAUUUAUGAAGACAAACUUGUCUACAGUACGAAAGCCGACAUAAAGUUCUUGGUUACAACUUUCUUGUUGGACAGCUUGCUCUCUUUUACUGGACAGUUGAAAAACACUAACAUGGAAUACAGUCAGGCUUUUACUUCUGCCCCGUGCUUCAGUGGGUCAAAAGGUUACCACAUGAAGGCACUACACACUCCGCCAAUGGGACAAGUCGGAGACCAAUGUAUGGGCCAUUGUGUAAUGGAACACACACCAAAGACGCCACAGAAAAACCUUGAUCACAACUAUGUAUUUGUGCUCUCCAUCAACACAACCAAAAAUGGCUUGGAUGAGCCACCAAGAUGUCCUGAAAAGGACCUUCCAAAAGAGCAAGCACUUAAAACUACCUGGUGUGAGACACCCCGGGUCCACAAGAAAGAUGGCUCUCUACGAAGACGCCUGCUGGAUCCACAAGCCGCAACAGAUGGUAAACCGGGCAGCCCCAAGUCCUCUGGACAUCGUGCCCUUGCCCGGUCAUCUAUACGCAAAGGGCCGCUUCGAGGGAGUCUGGACUUUAACUCUCCUGAUGCAGCUGGGGUGGAGAACUUUGCAACAAGCACUUUAAAGGUUGAGAACGAUGCUGUGUGUGGUAGAGGCUGGCGGUCCAUGUUCUCUCUUGUGAGAACUUCCACUCUUGAAGACUGCGCCCUCCCGUUGGCCAACCCAAGCUUUGAGAGCAAGCCCUCCAACUGUGACCCCAACGCAGACUUUGAUGAAAGCAUCAUUUCUGGUCUCCUAGAAGCAAACAUUCCCCAAACCCCUAAGAGCGGAGAUUUUAUUCUGCCGGGCAGUGACAACCUCAAAACACCAGUCAACCAAGUGGGCACCAACCUCUCAGACAGUCUCUCCCUCUUGAACACCCCUUUGCUCACACCGGUUUCCCGUCUCAAAGACACCCCCUCUGCCGACACCCCCUCUACCGACAGUGGCUUCAGCUCCCUGGGCCUGGACAAGUCUCAGAACUCCUCGCUGGACUGUGAUGGCUCCUUCCAGGAGCUGAUUCGCUCGGCCACCCCUGGGGGCAAGGAAGCGAAACGGUUGGCCGAGGUGAAGCGGCGUUCCAGACUCGAGCGCCAGCGCAGGCUCUCCACGCUCAGGGAAGGGGGCUCGCAGUCCGAGGACGACACCCGGCUAGCCACCACCAGCCACACACCCUGUACAAAACCCCAAAAACAGUCCCUGGACGGAUCUCAGCUCCGCUGCCUCCCCAUUGAAGAAGAUGAUGACCCCUUCUUGGACGGGACCCCGCUCAGCGCCACCCAGGCCAAGCUGCAGGACCUGUCCCUGACGCCCGCACUGCAUGCUGUAUACGCCAUGAGCCGGCGCAGCGCCCGCAUGCUGCCAGAGCAGACCAGCCUGGAGGAGCUGUUAAAGGCCACAGCGGAGGAGGAGGACGAUGCCACUGCCACGCGGCCAACCAAGGACCUGAGCGCACUCAUCGGCAGGAAGAUGGGCUUUGGCCAGAUGGACAUAGUGGCAGAACUUAGGAAGAGGAACCUCAGGCAUGUCCUGGCCAUGAUACUGGGCCAGCUGUCUGGCCAAGACAUCUACAAUUUUGGGAAGGUGUCUGACGUCUGGGAUGAGAUUAUGCAUCAAAAUAAGAAGGCCUGUCACAAGAGAAAAGUCUACCUGGCGGAAGUGAAGAAGGCACUUGAGAUGGCCAGUCCUUUACAUGUCCCGGAUGCAGAGACGCGGCUGAACCUGUCCUUCAGAUCAGCGCUGCACUCUGUCCAGGCCCAGUCUCACACCCCAUCAGCCACCCCGUCAAGGAGGUUGUCUGGCACUCCUAUCCAGCACACCUCCAACCGGCCCAGCAAAAUGGAGGACUACCUUCAGGUGGCGAAGACUCUCCUCAAUGACGAGUGGCUGAAGCCAUGUCCACGGUGCCAGCGCCCCGCCAAGUGCCACUCUGUGAAGCGGGAGGGCGUGUGCAGCCGGAAGGACUGCGGCUUCAGCUUUUGCACAGCGUGCCUCUGCGCCUACCACGGCUCCCGCGACUGUGCCCACCUUUCCGCCAAGCGGCGCAGCAAAAAGGACGUGCUAGCCGGUAGUGCCCAGAGCAAACGCAACAUCCGACGACUGUGAAGCGCUGGAAAUAACCUGAUGCAGUCCAAACGCAAUACGCACAACGUGCACCUUUUGGCAUGGCGUCCCCAUGUGCAUGGAUUAGUGACUCGCAUGGUUAGCUUGAAAGCAGGCAGUAAGACCCCAGAGAGGCAGAGAUGUGUGGUAUUGCUCUCCAAAUGGGGGACAAUGCUGUCUAUUGUGAUGAGGCUUUUGGGCUUUGACUAUGAGUUAACCUUUCAAGGGAUGUCACAAGGCCAUAUCGUUGAAAGUGUGUGUUUUGUUGUCUGUAUGUUUUUGUACUUGUAUGUGUUUUUAUAUUUUAUGGAUCUCGAGGAUCAAUUUGCCAGUACUGAUCUGAUCUGAUUUUUCCUGAUCAACUCCAAUCAACUUGGCAGCUAUUUGUCAGCGCUUUAUUGCACAGUUUGAAUGUAGGCAGUACUGUAUUGCAACGUUUUUAUAUCUGUUUUUAUAUUUGUACAUAUUGACUAGCCUGUACUGUUACUCCAUGGAUUCUUUUAAUAAAGUUCACAUUUUACUUUUUA